UUUCGCAGGGCUCGCUUGAAUUGCGCCAGGGUACUCCUAGAACAAAAGAGAAGAGGAUGGCGCAACCUUGUGAAUGGUUUCAACGCAAGGACUCCUACCAGUCAGAUUUGGGCCUUGAUUAAAAGUUUCAAGAGAAGGGCGUCACAACAGGACUCCCCGCAGCAAGAACACACACGAAUUGCCUUGGAAGCUAUCUCUAAACUGUGUCCUCCGUCGUCCUUUUGCAAUAGAUCCAAAACCUUGACAGACAUGAAAUCGGAGGACGAGAAAAACACAAGUACACAUGCUGGGCUGGACGACCCCCUGACCAUGAGCGAAUACCGGAGAGCAAAAAUCUCUUCCAGAAAAAACUCCGCGCCCGGACUGGACCAAGUUUGCUACAAGAUGCUGGAUCAGCUGCCCAUGGAACACGAGACGUAUUUGUUAUCUAUGUUCAACGAAAUUUUUUCCCGGGAAAUAUUCCCAGACUCAUGGAAAACCUCGCUGGUUAUACUCAUUCCUCAGCCUGGCAAUAAGGCUCAGGCUGGCUUCAGGCCUUUCAGGAGCUGCGACGACAACCUAGCCGCUCUUACAACAGCAAUCAGAACUGGCUUCUACGAACAUUCCGUCACGGUCGCGGCCUUUUUGGACAUUACAAGUGCGUUCGACAACGUGGAUCCGUAUAUUCUCUUGGAGGAUCUGAAAGAUAUAGGAGUUCCAGCUCUCUUCAGGAAAUUUGUGGAGAACCUGAUUAGCAUCAGAACCAUGUUUUUUGUAGUCGACGGUGAAUCUCAAGGACCUUAUAUGGCAUACAAAGGCAUCCCACAAGGUUCGACUCUGAGCCCUCUGCUAUUUGACAUCUAUCUCAGGAAUUUGGUUCAUUUUCAGCGCUUCUUGGGGGUUAUUCUGGAUUCCAGCCUUAAGGGUGGCCACCAUCUUAAAUACCUCAUUGAAAAAGGCAAAAAAAUCUCUCGCAUCAUGGCUACCUUGUCGGGUGUUACCUGGGGCUCCCAUCCGGGUCUUCUGCUCAGUGAUCUACUGUAUAGAUCCAUCUUUCGCAGUGCGGUUGAAUAUGGGUGUCGCUAUUUCACUUGGUCCUCUUCUGCGCCGAAUUAUCUCAAACUGGUGCGUUUCCAGUAUAGAGUGAUUAGGGGAGCUAUGGGAUAUCGCAUUUCUACGCCGAUCAAUGUUAUGUUAGCUGAAGCAAAAGAAAUCAGCUUUGACAUUAGGCUCAAUCUAAAUACUUCAAGAUUCAUUUACAAGGCCAUGGCAAGUAGGUUCAGCUUGGUAUACCGUUCCCUGGAGGAGAUGGAGAUAGCGGUUACCAGAAAAAACUGUAGGAUCGACGCCAUCAGCAAAUCCAGAUUAUUCAAGCAUUAUGUAACUAGUCGUGGAGAAAAGAGCAUUAUCCAUCGAUCCACCUACCCACCCGCUUUCUGGCACUCCUACGAGGUCCUUACUCUACAAAUAAAUUACAUCAACGACUUAAAGGGCUGCAACAAGAAGGAUAACCCUAGCUUGACUAAGGCGGAUUUCUAUCACAAAUCCUUUAAUUACAGACAAAACGCCGUCUCCUGGUACACUGACGGAUCAAAGAAUCUAGACGGCGUGAUGGGAGCAGCGGUUUUCACGCCUGACAUGGAGGGAACAGUAAAGCAUAAAUUACCCCCUGAAACUUCAGUUUUUUCGGCGGAACUAUGGGCCAUCCUCCAAGCCAUCCAGCUAAUCGGAGAUCUUAACACUAAGAAGAACGUCAUCUUUUCAGAUUCCGAAAGUGCAUUGGAGGCACUCAGCAACGAAUCUACAGAUGCUGCGGCCAAACAAGCAGCCAUAGAGGGAUACAAACCCCCCUUCAAGAUCCCUUCUCACGGAAUCUACCGAACAAGCAAAAAGACAAUCCGAAGAAAGCAUGAAGAUCAUUUCUAA